AUGGAAAUUAUUAAUAUUAUAGAAUUAAUAGCUGAAUCAGGAAACAGAGGCAAAGAAUUAUUGAUAGACUCUUUUGUUCUUGGAAUAGCAUGGGGUAGAAAGUAAGAAAGAAACCCUAUUUAGAAUGAUUAAUACAAUACAAGAGAUUAAAUAAGCUACAUAAUACUUAUACCAAUUAAAUUAAGAAGUUGAACUCUCAUAAAAGUCUCCAUUCUAAAAAUUAGAUUUGUUUCAAUAGUUUCUUAUAGAUGAAGUAAAUAGUUUAUUUUUUAAUUAGAAUUUUCAAUUAUUUCCAGAUGAGAAUGCAAAUAAAAAAAAAUAAUUUAAAGGAGAAAUUAAGUAAAAUCCUGAAAUAAACUAAAAAUAAGAGGUAGAUGUUAAUAAAUUAGAAUUAAAUUAAUCAAUUUGUGGAAUUUGUAAAUUCUACAUCAAUGAUUUAGAGGAUGAAAAAUGCAAAAUUAAUAAAUGUGGACAUGAAUUUCAUAAUUUAUGUCUUUACUAAAAAAUUGAUUAAUAAAAUUUACAAACAUGUUACAUUUGUUAAAUUUAGUUAGAACCCAACAUUAAAACAUAAAUAUUAAAAAAAAUUUCUACUUCAUUUAAAUCUUGUUGUCCUAAUCCAGAGUGUGAUGAAGAAUUCAUUUAUUUUGGAUAAUUAAAAUAUAUGUGUAAAAAAUGUAAUAUAGUAUGUUGUUUGAAAUGUAAAUAAGUUGAACAUGAUGAUUAAUGUAAAGUUGGGAUUGACUAUAUUGAUAUGAAACAAGGAUAGAAAUUCAAGUUUUGUUUUCAUUGUCUUUAAUCAACAGUAUUAAAUUUUUAUGAAAACAGUACUCAUUAAUGCUAAUAUCAAGAUAAAAAUCAAUUUAAAAGAUCACAAAAAAUUUUUAAUUUUGUUUAACAUAUAUGGCAUAAAGUAAAAAAGUGA